GCAUGCCACUGAGGCACACACACCAUGACCAGGGGGCGUACACCAGCUGAGACCAGGCUAGACCUGGAGGACAUAGAGGAGCAGGGGAUCCCUCCAGGCAGACACACUGCAGAGGGACUACUGGAGGAAGUAGUGGAGGUAGAGGCAGAGGAACCAGCUCAGGAGGAGGACUCCACCCACAGUGACACCAGGUCUCUGGUCAAGAACAGGGACCCAAGGGGAGUCAACAAGUAUCUAAAGGUGACCUUUGAGGACGUGAUAGCUGAGCCCCCCUCGGUGCGGAGCUUCGAUAAGGUGUGGCUGUGGAGCCACGCCCUAUUUGAGGUGUCCCGUCUCUGGUGCUACCGGCUCAUCUCCCUCCUCCUGGCCGUGCCCGUCUCUCUGGUAGCAGGGAUCCUCUUCGCUGUCUUCAGCUGCCUACAUAUCUGGCUGAUCAUGCCAUUUAUUCAGCUCUUCCUGAUCAACAUGCACUGGGUUCAGACUGUAUGGGGCAGUGUAUUGGACAUUGCCAUCGCUCCCUUCUUUAAGAGUAUGGGGAAGUGCUGCGGUCGCAUCAAUGUCCGACUGGCCAGGGACUGAUGUUGGGCUCUUCUAUGGGAGUGUGGAGGGAGUGUGGAUGGAGUGGGCUGGGUUGGGUUGACGCACACUACAUAUGAACUGGUUGUUUGCAAUCAUGUCUCAAUCUCUAAGAAAAAUAAUGUUGCUGCCUUCUACUCUGCAAAGAACAAAUUGAAAAAAGUAGAACUUGUCAUUUUUUUGUAAAUAUGUGAAAUAAAGUUUCAUGAAUUAGACAGUA